GCCUGCCUGCCUGCCCCUCCUGCUGCUCAGUACAGCUGUGGCUCAGCACCAGACCCUGACCAGCUGGAGAUCUCAAACCCUGCCAGAGAGCCACGCGAAGAGCCACAGUGUGUGAAAGCUCCUCACCUCUCUUCGCUGACUCUUCAUUAGGUGAAGCACACAGACACUAACUCCCAACUGCCAGCAGCCAAGCCUCUCCCGCUGGUGCUGAGAAGAUCCUCCUUUGAGCAUGGCUCUGGCACCGCGGGCCCCGGCACUUCUCUUGCCCCUGGUGCUCGCCCUGCUCAGCCUGGUGCCGGCACCCGCCUUGGGAGGCUGCCCGACGGCUUGCCGGUGCUCUUUUGCCAUGCUGCAGUGCCUGGAGCCCAAUGGCAUCGCCAGCGUCCCGGCACUGGCCCCGCAGGAGAGCGAGAACGUGACAGAGAUUUACAUAGAAAACCAAGCAGCCCUGGAGAAUAUAACAGAAAUUGAUCUUGCUAACUACAGAGAGCUGAAGAACCUCACGGUCACAUUGUGUAAGCUGAGGCUCAUCUCUGCCAAUGCCUUCCAGCGCAACCUCAAGCUCCAGUAUGUGAACCUGGCAUCAAACUCUCUGGAACACAUCUCCUGGAGGGUGUUUCAUUUUCUGCCCCUGCUCAACCUGGUUUUGAGGGACAACCCUCUCGUUUGCUCAUGUGACCUCCACUGGCUCCAGCAGUGGCAGCGGAAUGAACGCGGUGACGUGGACAACCAAAUGUUGUCUUGUUUCUCCGACGAUCUAGAAGUACCGCUCCAGUCUUUGUUGAUAGAUAACUGCAGUCUGCCUGAGGUGAUUAUUGUCCCCUUCAAAGAUUCAAAGAUUCAGGAAGGAGGCAACCUGACAUUUGCAUGUCAAGUGACAGGAAGUCCAACUCCCAAUGUGAGAUGGCGAACUGAUGAGCUCCGCUCUCACUUCUUUACCCAGGAGAGAAUCUGGGGCUCCACAUUAGAGCUGGUCCUUUUCCUCACCAACGCUUCAUCCAACGACAACCUGCACAACCUGACUUGUGAGGCCGAGAAUCAAGCUGGGCCCGGGGAGGAGAUGGUGCAAUUGGACAUUGAGUUUCCAGUCAGAAUCAUCUACCUGAGGGACGCCGUGCCGCAGCACCACUGGUGUUUCCCCUUCGUCGUGGAUGGCAACCCUGAACCAACCAUCUCCUGGCGCUACAAUGGCAACGAACUCAAACCGAGCAUCUUCAUGUACACCCAGCUCAUCCCCGACUCGGGUGACGGAUCAGUGAAACAUGGAUGCCUCUUCCUCAACAAGCCCACCCACAUGAACAACGGCAACUACACUCUGAUCGUGCAGAACAAACUGGGAAGAGAUGAGGCCACGGCCAUUGGGAUGUUUAUGAACAACCCGUUCGACCCGCUCGAUCCUGAGGGGAUAUUUCCAGUUCCGACAAACAAAUCAAACAUGGACGUCACCGAGAACCCGGAGAGUCGAGUAUUUGUGGUGUCUGUGGCUGUGGGUCUUGCUGUGUUUGCUUGCACUUUCCUUCUCAUCAUGAUUCUGGUUAUUAACAAGUGUGGCCAGAAUUCCAAGUUUGGUAUUCACCGGUCAUCCGUUUUGGGAACUGAGGAUGACCUGGCUGUGUCGCUUCGUUUCAUGAACUUUGGAACCAGCCCGCCUUCCUCAGAUGAAGACUCUGGUUUAUCCAGCUUCGUAGAGAAUCCACAAUACUUCUGCGGCAUCAUCAAGGAGAAAGACAUGUGUGUCCAGCAUGUUAAACGGCAGGACAUCGUGUUGAAGUGGGAGCUGGGUGAAGGAGCGUUUGGCAAAGUCUACCUGGCAGAGUGUGCCAACCUCAGCCCCGACAGCGACAAGAUGCUGGUGGCCAUCAAGACUCUAAAGGACGCCAACGAGUCGACCCGCCAGGACUUCCAGAGGGAGGCGGAGCUGCUGACGGUGCUCCAACACCAGCACAUUGUGCGAUUCUACGGCGUCUGUACCGACGGAGAGCCGCUGGCCAUGGUGUUCGAAUACAUGAGGCACGGAGACCUCAACCGAUUUCUCAGAGCUCACGGCCCCGACGCUCGUAUCCUGGAGGAGACCAAGAUGCUCCCGCUGGGUCAGCUCACUCUGCCUCAGAUGCUGCACAUCGCCUCCCAGAUCGCCUCGGGCAUGGUCUACCUGGCAUCGCUGCAUUUCGUCCACCGCGACCUGGCAACCCGCAACUGUCUGGUGGGGGAGGGCAUGGUGGUCAAAAUCGGAGACUUUGGCAUGUCCCGAGACAUCUACAGCACAGAUUACUAUCGGGUGGGCGGACGUACGAUGCUGCCGAUCCGCUGGAUGCCCCCGGAGAGCAUCAUGUACAGGAAGUUCACCACGGAGAGCGACAUCUGGAGCUUCGGCGUGGUCCUCUGGGAGAUCUUCACCUAUGGCAAACAGCCCUGGUACCAGCUGUCCAACAGUGAGGCCAUCGAAUGCAUCACGCAGGGACGGGAACUGGAAAGGCCACGCACCUGCCCGAAGGACGUGUACAUGCUGAUGCAGGGCUGCUGGCAGAGAGAGCCCCAGCAGAGGAUGGUCAUCAAGGACAUCCACAGCCGCCUGCUGGCCCUGGUCAAGAACCCGCCGGUUUACCUGGAUAUCCUGGGCUAAGGAGGCCGAGAACCAACUGGGGAGCGGAGGCAGGGGAAGGUGUUGCUUUAAUUCCAUUACUCUAAUCAGGGCUAAUUACUUUAAACAGGUUCCUUUUGGUCUGAGAUAAAAAAAAAUAAAUGUCCCAGCUGCUGCUUUUCUAGCCUCGAUGCUUGAUGGACGAACCAUCCGCUUUAAGUUUGGCCUCAUCCCGGCUCGACCCCCGUCCCCCUUUUUUUACGGCCCCGUCCUUCUCUGGAAAACCUGUCAAAUGUUUACCAAAGUGUUUCAUGUUUAUCUGAAGUGGGAUCAGCCAGAUGGAGGGACAUGCAUGGAUAAGUGUUGAAGUAACUGUAUAUGGGCUUUACGUUGCUGGGAGUGCGAACCUCAGAAUGAUGGCUUGUCGGGGGAUUUUGGCUCUGAGCUGUGGUACACUUUAUACGACUCUACAGCCGACGCUUGUGUCGAAAGGCAAUUAGAAAAUGAAACGGAUGAUUACAAGAGAGGGCACUUCACAUCAUGAGGCAAGAGUGGAAGCCAAUGUUUUCAGAUUUGGGCACAGCAGACAGUCACUUGUACAGUAUAGGCACUGAUUUUGG